AUGCGAGGUGUUAAGCGGUUCGGUGUUUGGGGAAAGCUAAGUCCCCGAUAUGUCGGACCCUUUGAGAUUUUGGAACAAGUCGGCGCCGUGGCUUACAAGGUAGCAUUACCACCGAGGCUUGCAGGGGUGCACGACGUAUUUCAUGUAUCCAAUCUCCGCAAGUAUGUCCAUAAUUCGGAGCAUAUUCUCUCGUAUAUACUUAUAGAGAUUCAAGAAGAUAUGACUUAUGAGGAGUUCCCGGCAUUCAUCGUCGAUCGAGAAGUGAGAAAACUAGGGAACCGUGAAAUUUCGUAUGUUAAAAUCCAUUGGAGCAACCACGACGAUCGGGAAGAUACGUGGGAGCUUGAGAACGUGAUGAGAGAGCGUCAUCCUCAUCUCUUCGAAGAGCUGGAGUGA